UUGUAGCUGUACAUAGAUAUGCGUGGCUAAACUAAAUCUUAUUCUUCCACACAGCUUAGUAAAUGUAGAUCGAUCUACACUUAUGAUCUGAUGGACAAGAGUUUGACAUCAUUCACUUUCUUUUUUAUGAUAGGGUCAUUCAUCAUAGCUGUAAAAGCUCAGCUCACAGUACAGCCAGUGUCAGUGGAGAGAGCUGAGGGACUGGAGGCAGUGUUCAGGUGUCGGUAUCAAGUGGAGGGAUUGGCUGUUUUUUAUGACUGGGCAAUAAACAAUUCUGUAGUCGAAGCAGAUACAGCAACUGUUCGAGCACGUCCACCUUCAUCUCCUGGUAGACCAUCAAGACUGACAAUCUUGGCCACUCCACAGCACAACAACUCUGUUGUUCAGUGUCGGGCUCUGAUCAGAAAUGGCUUUGAUAUUGUAAGGUCUGAAAUAUCGACCACAGCAACUCUAACUGUUCAUGGAACGAUAAUCACUAAUGUUCUGACUGCUCCAAACACCAUCACCGUGAUGUGGAAUGCUCUACCCCUCACUGAGUACUGUGUGGACAUCAACAUGACAACACUCGACUCAACUCAAACAGUUGUUCUUGAUUCUGUGUGUGGACUUGUUAAUGAAUACAUCUUCACGUACUCCAACCCCAUCAGUGUGUGUGACAGAUUCUCCUUCACCGUGACUCCUACUGAAGGAGAGAUGAGGGGAAGAACCAGUGAACCAGUUACUAGAUUCUUUAUGAGGGCAGAAGGUAGCACUGAAGAACCACAUCGUAUUCGUGAAAGUGGGGACAAUAAGUCAGUAGGGUUUAAAGCCAUCAUACCCAGUUGUACAAGGUUCACUCGGUAUCGUGUGGACUCUGACUUAUUGACUCCCUCCAUCAACCGUUCAAUCACGGACCCUCUUCUGUUUGAUGGCUCACUCAGUUUCUCCCUCCCCACUGACAAGAUGACAGAAUACAGUGUCACACUGACUGAUGAGAAUGGAAUAGACCUCAUGUUUGAGAACAUUAAAAUCAGUACAUUUGAUGUUCAAGGAGUCCUAGUGUUUGAAUGUCCUGGUGGUGGUUGUAUUAGUGCGAGCAUUGAGUAUGUUGAAGGUACCCUCUCUCCCGGAGCUCUCGUCUGUGUGAUACGUAUCAUUGAUGGAGAGUUGGAUUUUACUAACACAAAAGUAAUGACAAUACCUCGUAGCAGGAGUAACAAUUUCACAAUAUUAGCUGUUCCCAUGCAGUGGAAACUACGGAGUGAUUACGUUUGAUCUUGAAUGCAAUUCUCUGCCGAGAAUGCCCAUCUCAAUUGCAGCUGACAGCAGGAAUAUAUCUAUUACUGUGUCCUCCGAAGAUGGAGGACAACCUCCCAGUAGUGAGGGCGUUUCUGCCACAAAGCUGCCAAACGGAGAUGCACAAGUGACUUGUGCUGACUCUGAUGUCGUUUGUCUUGUUUUGUUUCAGUCUACCAUCAGUCUCGACAGAGUUUUAGUUGCUCUCAUUGACUCAUUUGCGAGUUCAACGAGCUUCUCUGUCAGUGACACUUUUGCUAAUGGCCAUGUUAUAGUCUAUACUCUUGGAAUAGCUCACAGUUCAUCUUCGACGGGAAGGUAUCACUCACUAGACAACUCAAUCCACUAACAAGUGCACCUUCUACUUUGUCUCCUACCGAUCCCAUACCUGUUACUAGGUACCAAUUUCCAUUGGCUGGAGUAAUAGCUGGGAUAACUGUGGUGGUGAUUCUGCUAUUGCUUGUAGUCAUUGUUGUUGGAGCAGGCAUUGUAAU